CAGCCGUUUGCUUUCACUUUCCCUCAGCUGCUGACGCAGAUUAUUCUGUGGCUCCGCACUCAAAGUGUUGCUGCAGUCUGGACUUUGUGGAGCUCCGUCAGUGUCUCCAGCUGCGGUUCAGACUGACUGACAGACCUUCAGUAACACUGCCACCUGCAGCUCACACUGGCUCUCUGCUCUCACGUCAGACUGACGGUUCUGGAUUUGGAUUUGAAGGUAUGAGGAUGUGACGGCUGUCGGUCGGACGAACACCAGCGGCGUCUGUCGGCGUCUGCGGACGAAGAAACAAAGUGUGUUUGAUCUCAUGUGGAGCUGAACAGCAGGAAGCCAUGAUGACACCAGAAGGCCUUGCGAACACUCUGGAGGAUUUAACAUCAGAUGAAUUUGAGAAAUUCAGAUGGUAUCUGAACCAGGAAGACGUGCUGGAAGGCCACCAACCCAUCAAAUGGUCCAAGCUGGAGAGGGCAGACAUGUUUCAAACCGUGACUCUGAUGGUGCACGCCUAUAAAAUGGAUGGAGCUCUGACGGUGACCAAGACGGUUUUAGAGAAGAUACCCAGAAACGACCUGGUGCAGAGACUACCGGACACCAGCUCAGGACCAGGAGAUGAUAUUGUUCCAGUACCAGAGCCACGACCCAUCUCAGAUUACCAAAAAAUACUUAAGUCACACCUUCAGGACAAGUUCAUCUGUACACAAGAGGGGUGGGGAGAGACUAAGGAACGUCUGGAUGACAUCUACACAGAGCUGUACAUCACCACCAGCCGUGACACACACAUCGAUAAACAGCAUGAGGUCAGACAGAUUGAGGUGGUGAGGAAACCAACAGAAACAGAUGAACCAAUUAAACCCAGAGACAUGUUCAAACCCCCCUCUGGAAAAUAUAAACCCAUAAGAACAGUCCUGACCAAUGGAAUUGCAGGAAUUGGCAAAACAUUUCUUGUGCGCAAGUUUGUGUUGGACUGGGCUGAAGGAAGAGCCAAUCAAGAUGUGCACCUCAUGUUCCCCUUCACCUUCCGCCAGCUGAAUUUAUGGAAGGGAAAAAAGUUAUGUUUGGCAAAGCUAAUUCAUAAAUGUAUCAGAGAGACCAAAGACAUCAAGGUAGAAGCUCUGAAUCACAUCUUCAACACUCUGCAGUCCUCAGCAAACACAAACUAUGACAAAAGUACAUUCAAACUUCUGUUUGUCUUGGAUGGACUGGAUGAGAGCCGACUUCACCUGGACUGCUCUGAGAGUAAAAACCAGGACACAGACUUUGAUGUCACAGAGUCCACCUCAGUGGAUGUGCUGCUGACAAACCUCAUCAACAGGAACCUGCUUCCAUCUGCGCGCCUCUGGAUAACCACACGACCUGCAGCAGCCAAUCAGAUCCACUCAGAUUUUGUUGACGUGGUGACAGAGGUCAGAGGGUUCACUGACCCACAGAAGGAGGAGUACUUCAGGAAGAGAUCCAGAGAUGAGGAGCAGGCCAGCAGAAUCAUCUCCCACAUCAAGACAUCACGAAGCGUCCACAUCAUGUGCCACAUCCCAGUCUUCUGCUGGAUCACUGCUACAGUUCUGGAGGAUGUGUUGAAGACCAGAGAGGGAGGAGAGCUGCCCAAGACCUUGACUGAGAUGUACGCAGAAUUCCUGAGGUUUCAGAUUCAUCAAACGAAAGACAAAUACAAACAAAAAAAGGGCAUUCAGUACAUCAAGUCAUUAGCACAACUGGCUUACCAGCAACUGGAAAAGGGCAACCUGAUCUUCUAUGGGAAAGACCUUAAAGAGAGUGGAACUGAUGUCAGAGGAGCCUCGGUGUGCUCAGGAGUGUUCACAGAGAUCUUUAAAGAGGAACGCGGGAAGAAGAAUGAAGACAAAAUGUUUAGCUUCGUCCAUCUGAGUGUUCAGGAGUUUCUGGCUGCUCUUCAUGUCCAUCAGACAUUCAUCAACUCUGGUGUCAACCUGCUGGCUGAAGAAGAAGCAAAGCGGUCUAAACUAUUGUUGCCUGCAAUAUUUAAAAACAAACCAGAACCUGCUCUCCUGUACCAGAGUGCUGUGGACAAGGCCUUGCAGAGUCCAAAUGGACACCUGGACUUGUUCCUCCGCUUCCUCCUGGGUCUUUCACUGCAGACCAAUCACACUCUCCUACGAGGUCUGAUGAAACACACAAGAUGUAGUUCUCAAACCAGCCAGGAAACAGUCGAAUACAUCAGGAUGAAGCUCAGUGACGAUCUGUCUCCAGAGAGAAGCAUCAAUCUGUUCCACUGUCUGAAUGAACUGAAUGACCGUUCUCUGGUGGAGGAGAUCCAACAGUCCCUGAGUUCAGGAAGUCUCUCCACAGAUAAACUGUCUCCUGCUCAGUGGUCAGCUCUGGGCUUCAUCUUACUGUCAUCAGAAGAAGAUCUGGACGUGUUUGACCUGAAGAAAUACUCUGCUUCAGAGGAGGCUCUUCUGAGGCUGCUGCCAGUGGUCAAAGCCUCCAACAAAGCUCUGCUGAGUGGCUGUAACCUGUCAGGGAGAAGCUGUGAAGCUCUGUCCUCAGUUCUCAGCUCCCAGUCCUCUAGUCUGAGAGAGCUGGACCUGAGUAACAACGACCUGCAGGCUUCAGGAGUGAAGCUGCUGUUUGCUCAACUAAAGAGUCUGCACUGUAAACUGGAGACUCUCAGACUGAGUGGCUGUAAUCUCACAGGGAGAAGCUGUGAAGCUCUUCCCUCAGCUCUCAGCUCUAAGUCCUCUAGUCUGAGAGAGCUGGACCUGAGUAACAACGAUCUCCAGGACUCAGGAGUGAAGCUGCUGUCUGCUGGACUGCAGAGUCCACACUGUAUGCUGGAGACUGUCAGGCUGAAUGGCUGUAACCUGUCAGAGAGAAGCUGUGAAGCUCUGUCCUCAAUUCUCAGCUCCCAGUCUUCUAGUCUGAUAGAACUGGACCUGAGUAACAACGACCUGCAGGAUUCAGGAGUGGAGCUGCUGUCUGCUGGACUGAAGAGUCCAAACUGUAAACUGGAGACUCUCAGGCUGAGUGACUGUAACCUGUCAGAGAGAAGCUGUGAAACUCUGUCCUCAGUUCUCAGCUCCCAGUCCUCUAGUCUGAGAGAGCUGGACCUGAGUAGCAACAACCUGCGGGAUUCAGGAGUGAAGCUGCUGUCUGCUGGACUGAAGAGUCCAACCUGUAAACUGGAGGCUGUCAGACUGAGUGGCUGUAAUCUGUCAGAGAGAAGCUGUGAAGCUCUGUCCUCAGUUCUCAGCUCCCAGUCCUCUAGUCUGAGAGAGCUGGACCUGAGUAACAACAAUCUGCGGGAUUCAGGAGUGACACUGCUGUCUGCUGGACUGAAGAGUCCACACUGUACACUGGAGACUCUCAGGUUGUCAGGCUGUAUGAUCACACAGGAAGGCUGUACUUCUCUGGCCUCAGCUCUGAGAUCCAACCCCUCCCAUCUGAGAGAGCUGGACCUGAGCUACAAUCAUCCAGGAGACUCAGGAGUGAGGCUGCUGUCUGCUGGACUGGAGGAUCCACACUGGAGACUGGACACUCUCAGGGUGGAACAUGGUGGACAGCAGAGGCUGAAACCUGGUCUGAGGAAGUAUGCCUGUGAACUCACAGUGGACACAAACACAGUAAACAGAUUCCUCAAACUGUCUGACAACAACAGGAAGGUGACAUUUGUGAGAGAGAAGCAGCCUCAUCCUGAUCAUCCAGAGAGGUUUGACUGGCCUCAGCUGCUGUGUAGACCUGGACUGACUGGUCGCUGCUACUGGGAGGUCGAGUGGAGUGGAGAAGUUUUUAUAUCAGUGACUUACAGAGGAAUCAGAAGGAAAGGAGACACUGCUGACUGUUUGUUUGGUUGGAAUAGUCAGUCCUGGAGUCUGGAGUAUUCUGAUGAUUGUUAUUCUGUCAGGCACAAUAUCAGAAGAACAGAUCUCCUGUCCUCCUCGUCCCUGUCCUCUGUCUCUGAUAGAGUUGCAGUGUAUGUGGACUGUCCUGCUGGCACUCUGUCCUUCUACAGAGUCUCCUCUGACAGUCUGAUCCACCUCCACACCUUCAACACCACAUUCACUGAACCUCUUUAUGCUGGAUUUCGGUUUGGGCUCUGGCCUGACUCCUCCUCAGUGUCUCUGUGUUCAGUGUAGGAGGGAGAGUCUCCUCCUGUUAGAGAAACACACACAUACUUGUUUUUGCGACCCCGUGAGACAGCCUGUCAGAAAGGGUAUUGGUGGGGACACCACUUUCUGAAUGAAACAAAGCCAUAGUUUUAUAUCACUUACUUUGCAUUUGUGUAUGUAUUUUGUAUUUUAUUAUGACAAAAAUCACUAUUCUGGUGGGGACACAUCUAUGUUGUAAUACCACCAACCACCAGCAGGUGACACUGUUGCAAAAUUGUAAACAUUUUUAUUUCUGCAUGAAAGUUGUUGCCGUAACUGUUAAUUUAACAAUUCUACAACAUAUUGCAAACAAACACCAAUGUGUGGCUACAGGGAUCAAAACAUUUUUGUACCAGUAUUUUUAACAAUGCUACAGCAUAUUUUCAAGAAGAUAUUUUCAUAAACAACUAUAACAGUAUUAACAAUAAACAAUUUUUUGAACAA